AUGAGGUUUAUUUGUCUAUCAACAAAGAGCUAUUGCAUCAUUUUGAUUUUGGCACUUCUUUGGGGUACUACAGCAGCAGCAAAAUGGGCAAAACAUCCAAAUAAAAUCAAACAUUCUUCUCGAGAAUCAGAUGGAAACUCUUUUGAAAUAGAAAAUGCUCCUGACGGAACAGGCUCUAUAGCUUCAGCUACACGAUCAAUAUCAUUAGACACUCCUGUUACAGAGCCCGAUGGAAAUUCAUCAGUGGCAAAUACAACCUUGCCUGAAACGGAUCCAGUCAAUGCUAAUGUAAUAGAAGACAUCGAGUCCUUGUCUGACUCUUCCUCAAGCUCAUCAUCCUCAGAUUCGUCCUCGUCUGAUUCCUCCUCAAGCUCGUCAUCAGAUUCGUCCUCUUCUGAUUCCUCCUCAAGCUCAUCAUCAGAUUCAUCAUCGUCUGACUCUUCAAGCAGCACAUCAUCAUCAGAUAUAGGGGAGACAAAUUCAACAGCUUUAAAUGGCAAUUCAACAAAUUUAAAUUCGUCCUCGUCUGAUUCCUCCUCAAGCUCAUCAUCCUCAGAUUCGUCCUCGUCUGAUUCCUCCUCAAGCUCGUCAUCAGAUUCUUCAUCGUCCGACUCAAGCAGCACAUCAUCUUCAGAUAUAGGGGAGACAAAUUCAACAGCUUUAAACGGCAAUUCAACAAAUUCAAAUUCGUCCUCGUCUGAUUCCUCCUCAAGCUCAUCAUCCUCAGAUUCGUCCUCGUCUGACUCAAGCUCGUCAUCAGAUUCUUCCUCGUCUGACUCCUCCAGCUCAUCUUCAGACACAGAUUCAUCAAGCGGUACGAGAGGCUGCAAAAAGGACAGGCACUGCAAAGACCGUUUACGUAUAUGUGUAAAUAGUACAUGCGUAUGCAUUUCAACCCACGUAGAUAUAAACGGGACUUGCACUCCAUUAUCCUGUAUUGGUGAGGAAUGCAACGUAACAGAGCAGUGUAAAGGCGAAAAUGUUCGAUGUGACGAACAGACUAACACAUGUCUGUGCGAUGAAGGGUAUUUACUAACUCAAAAUGGAAAAUGUGUAAAUUGUUCAUCAGUUGAUUUCAAAAACUACACACUGCCAUGUCCAGGCGCGGAGUUAUGCCAAGAAGGAUUUGUGCGGAUAGGUGAUAAAUGCUAUGGAACCAGGGUGACUGAAAAGUGUACGAUACAUUAG